UGAAAAUAAUGAAGUCUUUAAAUAUGAGAAAUAUUAAAAAGAUUGUAUUUAGUGUGAUUUAUACGCUUUGCAUUUAAAUUUGGUGCUGACAGCAGUUUACUUUAUACAUAUUAUUAAAUCGUGUGUAAAACAUCUUUAAAUAAAAUUAUUAAAUCCUACAAAAGAUUGUUCGAGUGUUAUAAUCUGUGGGAAAAUGUAUUUGGAGACGAUGUUUGUACCGGUUCGUAUUUAUAGCAACAUUGCAAGAGUAUUUUUUAAGCCAUGGCAACAUUAAUACCGUCCUCAAAUGUUGAGGCCGCAUAUGAAGAUAUGUUUAAGGAAAUCACAAGAAAAUUAUAUGGAGAAGAGACCGGAAAUGGUUUGCAUACAUUGGGCACACCGGUUGCGCAGGUGGCAACUACUGGGCCCACAGCGCCCGAAGGAGAACGUUCAUUUACGAAUUUGCAAAUCGAUCGUUCCUCGGCGCCAACAAUUGAAUACGAGCAUAAUGCUGCCGCAGCGACUUCAGUAGUGGCAGCUGCUGCUCAACAAACGGGUAACGUUGUAAUACAACAACAACCCGAAGGUUCAGUUGUUGUAGCCACUACAGGCGGUAAUUUCAAAUCAGAAGAUCAUUUGAGCACCGCUUUUGGUUUGGCUGCGCUUAUGCAAAAUGGUUUCGCCACGACUGGUACCAUUUUGAGUACGCAGGCUAUAAAUAAAGUUGUUACAAAUGCUACUGGACAACAGCAACAACAACAGAAUACCAGUGUUACUGUUGUAACUGGUGGCGAUCAACAUCAGCGUUGGAGUACUGAUGGCACAACAGCUGGUACUGAACAACAACAACAGCAACAACCACAAAUUGUACAAUGGACUACAGGUGGAAAAUUACAAAGUUUCACAACAACACAACAUCAACAGCAGCAGCAACAACAACAACAACAGCAGCAGCAACAACAACAGCAUCAGCAACAACAACAACAAAUAACGACAACACCAAAGUCAAAAAAAAAUCGUAAUGAUCAUGCCACCACAGUCAACGCCACCGCAGAGGUUAUCUACACAAGCACUUCUCCAUCAGCGAAUAUCGUAAAUGUUGUUACCAAUCAAAAUCAAACAGCCAACACAUCAACGAAUAUCAGCAAUGCAGCCAAUAAUAUUGGUGGUACAAAUGCGGGAGGAAGUACGAGCAACAAUCGUAAAAAGUCACAAAAUUCACAAAACGUUAACGUCAAUAACAAUGGCAUACAAGUACAAAAAAGAUACGCCUGCACUCAUUGUCCAUAUUCCACCGAUCGACGAGAUCUAUACACUCGUCACGAAAACAUUCAUAAAGAUGAGAAACCGUUUCAGUGCUACGCCUGUCUUAAGCAAUUCAAUCGUGCUGAUCAUGUCAAGAAGCACUUCUUACGUAUGCAUCGUGAAAUGCAGUAUGACAUCAAUAAGACCCGCCGGCAUGUACCAAAUUCAAAUCAUCAUGCCGGUGGACGUGGCAAUGUAACAAUAACAACAAUUAAAACAGAACAGAAGCCAAAUUUGUUUCAAACAACAAAUGUGCAAAUUGAUAAUGCUUUCCUUGAAGGUCAACGCCAACCCACUUCGUCCAGUCUUAGUAUUGCUGAGACCAUUGAAGCUGUUGCUACAGCAACAGAUGCACCAUUACCACAAUUAAAACAAGAAAAGAAUGAUGAUGGCACAAUGGCCAGUGGUGGUUUGGUUAAACCAAAACGAGAGAAACGUUUCACCUGCUGUUAUUGUCCGUGGACCGGCGCUGAUAAGUGGGGUCUAAAACGACAUUUGAAUACUCACACAAAACCCUUUGUUUGCCUGCUAUGUGAUUAUAAAGCAGCACGUUCCGAACGUUUAGCAACGCACGUAUUAAAGGUACACAAUAAGCGUGCGUGCAACAAGUGUUCCUUUUUAGCUGAUACUCAGGAAGAGUUUCAGGCCCAUGUCAAUGAAGUACAUCCACAUGAUAGUAGACCUUCACGUAAUAAUACGAAUAAUAAUACUAACAAUAGUUCUACAGCCAAUAUAAAUGUAUUACGUACAAUUGGCAACACCUUAGUUACAGAAAAUCAAAUAAAUACGUUUCAGAAUUCUAGUACAACUUUUAGUGUUGGAAACACUACGACUACAACUACUAAUGCUGUUGGCAAUGCUGGCGGCUCUGUUACUAUUUAUACAACAACUACAACAAAUGAUAAUGGUAACGGCAAUAUAACAGGUGGUCCACUACAGGAAAUUAUUGUAAAUCCAACUUCAAUGGUAGGUUGGCGUUUGAGUGCCAACGGGUCUUUAAUACCACCACACGACUUACUAACAAGCGGUCUGCCAAAUGCAGCCGCACAAAAACGGGGUUCCGAACGUUUAUUUCAAUAUCUUGAGGCCGACGGAAGUGAUCCAGAAGACUAUGCGCGUCUUUUAAAAAUGGAUGCCAUUAGUCGUAAUACAGCUUCAGUCGCUCAGGAUUUUCAUAAAGCGGGGGGCGUGCAAGAGUUGAAAAUUCCAGUUAAUCAUCAACUCCUGUUUAAUAAUAAACUGCCUUCGCAAUUGACGACAAAAGAAGCUGCUGCGCUAUUACAAAGCCUUAGCUAUACGAAUAACAUCAGCUAUGCGAUUCAACCACAGCAACACCAACAACAACAGCGUUCAAAAUAUGGUGGCAUCCAUGGUUAUCAACCGCAGAAUGGUAUGCGUCAACGACAACAUUCCACUGGUAUCGAUGAUGAAAAUACACCAUCGUCCGCUUCAUCGACGACGUCCAACGACGAUAUAUCACCAGUAAAACGACAACAACAAGAGCGUAAAAAUAAUGUUGCAAUAAAAACUGAGCAGAGAAAGGCGAUGUCGGCAUUUUUAAGUCAAAAUUUUGAUUUGCAAGAGACAACAAUACAUACAACAAAUGAAUCAGCAAGCAGCCAAAAUAAGCGUAAACACUAUCAAACGAUCGAUAAUGAUGAAGAUCAAGAAAAUAAAGUGCAGCUUAUUAAAUCGCCUCCCGCAUAUAAAUAUCCCGUAAAUACUAAUUUCAGUAACCAAAGUAAAACUAAAGCAAAUCACAAAAAUGCCGUCAAUAUUACGAAUAACAAUAAUAAUAGCAACAACAGUCACAAUCGUGAACAUCGCCUUGAUCUGCUGAGUAGAGAUGAUAAAGAAAAUUCCAAUACUGCAUCUUUUCUAUCUACAAUGGAUUAUCAAAACCUUAACAAAUUGGGUACACAUUUUCAGAACUAUGUUAAGGAUAUCAUAAAUAAGUAUUACGCUGAGAUACCACUUAUGUUUCCAGCUAUGCCAACACCUACUACAACACCACAACAAAGUCAAGAACAAUCGCCAAAAAAGAAACGUCUAUUAAGUGAAACUGAAGAAUAUAUCGAAUACCUGAAAAAUAAAGAAGAUAUUACACUCACGAUAACACCUAAACAACCGCGUACUUCACCAACAAUAACGCAAACAUUAGAAAAACCAAUACCAGCUCUGACAACCAUUAGUGAAACUUCCAUAAGUGUGCGUUCAAAUAAUAAACCUAAAUCACCAUUAAAACGUUAUCAACAGGAAAUGCCAGUACAACGUAGAGAAAGUCCAAAGAAACAACAAGUCACAAAUUCAAUAAGGAAUCGACCGCCACGCAAAUCCUUAUCUCAAAUUGCUACCUUACUACCGCUUUUAGCUGACGCAGCGAGCCAACAACAAUACCUAGCAACACCACUGGAUUUUAGCAAGAAAUCGAUGCCAUCGCCAAAACCAACACCUCAACCUCAAGAACAAAAUGAUGCUGUCAUCAAUCUGGCAGCAAGCUCAUCUAGCUCCUCUUCUUCUUCUUUGCAUGAUAAACGCUCAUCUCGUAAACAAGCUCAACCAAAAAAGAUACGACUUACACCAGAAGCGGUCGUAUCAAUGCUGCGUGAUAAAUACUUAAGUCGUAUGGUUAAUCGGAAGCUUCGCUGUGCUAUCUGCACCAAAACGAAACGGUGGCAAUCAAUGAUGUUUAGCUACCACACAAAAGGUACACUGGCUUUGCAUCGAAUGUGGAGACAUCGGAGUCAACCAAAAAAUUGCGGUUUGUGCGGUGAAGUAUGUAAGCACAAAAUCCAUUUGAGUUUGCACUAUAAACGCGCUCACAGUGCUGUGGUCCAAAGAAAGAAUCAAGUGAAGAAGUCGGCGACAAAUUAUAGUGAAUUAUAAAUAUUAAAUAAGUUGAGAGUAUUUUGAUAUUACACGAAUUUAUUUAUAUAUUUAUUUUAAUUUCAAUUGUUGAAUUUCGUAGAUUUGAACUCAUUAAUUGCGAUUUAUAUCAAAAACAAAAAAAAAAGAAAAUAAUAAAUCUUCCUAAAUUUUCGUUUGUAGCAAAUCACUUAAUGAAACCUAAGCUGAAA